AGGAUGCAUAGCUGAGUUCACCACCAUUAUUCAGUCAGGUACACCGAUUCCCCCAUCUGACUGCUACACCCCCAAGACUUCACCGAAAUGCAACACCAGAACGGACCCAACUACAUCAUCGAAGAAGAAUAUGAUCAGGGCUGUUCCAGCCAAGGGACAAAGCAUGCCCAGCUUUGGCUGUGACCCACACAGUCCAUGGGUACUAUGAUCUCAGCGACUGCCAUAUGACAUCACAACUAUCACCCAGAUUCUCCCCCAACCCUGACUCUAUAUAAACGCUGUUCGUCGUCCUCAAGCAAUGUAAGAAUAACAAACACUCAUCGAAUUUAUCCCUCUCACACACAAAACAACUCAUUUUUUUAAUCUCCUACUUCACAAAUACACACAUACACAAUGUCUUCCGGAGCAGGCCAAUCCAGCGUCGGCAGCCGCACCCUCUACGAAGCCGGUGACCAGCGCAACGUGCCCCAGUCUGAGAUCAACGAGCAGAACCGCUACGCAGAGGGUCAGAAGAACAGCCACAAGAACCUUGAUUCGAAGGACCAGCGCUCCAUUGGCAACAAGCUUGCCUCGCAAGAACGCAAGCCCGAGAGCGACCACCACCACAACUUUGUCCAGAACCCUGAGGCUGAGCUCAGCAAGCAGGAUCCUACUAAGCCGGCCAAGGUGCACGGCAACCAGCCUUCCAAGGGUGCUCAGAUCGAUGCCGAAUUGCAGGCUGAGGAUGAGCAGCGCUUGCGUGAGAAGGGUAUCAAGAAAUAAAUAAUGUAAUGAUGGGAUUUGGAUGGAAAAGCUAUAUAUAUCCUGUUCGAAUAACUGCAUGAAUGGCUGACGCCUGGGGCGAUAGCAUAUCACUAUUAUUUACAAUG